AGAUGACUCUUUUCGGUCGCAGGAUGAUCCUCGCCAUCAUACCGGUCUGUCUCCCUUCACGUCGCUUGACGUGGACAUGAUUGCAUUGUUUCCGACUGAAUAUAUGCACCUCGUCUGCCUGGGCGUCAUGAAGCGACUGCUUCGAAAUUGGGUCAGUCUGGGUCAUGGCAAAAGACUGAGCAGAGACCAACGGAGCCGCUUCAAUGAAGAUCUACGGAAGUCAGCCAAGUCAUUUCCAAGCCACUUCCAGCGAAAACCAAGGGGGACAGAGGAGCUUGACCGGUGGAAGGCAACAGAGUUCCGCACCUUUCUCCUUUAUGUCGGGCCAGUGGUCCUCAAACAUCUCCUCACUGAUGAGCACUAUGCACAUUUUUUGGCUUUUCAUGUGGCAAUCAGAGUGCUCGUGUCACCAGAGCACCACGUGGUACUCAACCAGUUUGCACGAAACCUUCUCAGGUAUUUUGUGCAAGAGUUCGGCGGACUGUAUGGGGAAAAGCAGGUGGUGUACAAUGUGCAUUCCCUCUGCCACCUUGCUGAGCAAUGCCUCGACCACGGGCCUCUCGACGGCUUCAGCGCCUUCCCGUUCGAGAGCUACUUAGGAAAGAUAAAAAAGAAGCUCCGAUCCUCGAACAAGCCACUUUCGCAGCUUAGCAGGAGGGUGUCUGAAAUGCGGCACUCUUCUCACAUCCAAGUCAAAAGUGUGCAGCAUCCUGUCAAGCCAGGGGACUGCUUCAUGCUCGCAAAGUCUCCAAUCAUCGUCCUGGAAAUUUUGGGUGACUGCUUCAAGGGAUGCAUCUUGCCGAACGCAAGAGAUUUCUUCAAGGUGCCCCUCAAGUCGUCCGAGCUAGGCAUCUGGCGGUGUGACUCUUUUGGGCAUACAACUAAAACCUGGCCCCUUGCUGACCUGAAGCAUGCAGUUCAGUGUGUGAAAAUUGGCUACAAGAAAGGACACAUUGUGCUGCCACUUCUGCACCUGCAUUGA